AUGGCUGCUCGUCCGCAUAUGUUGGAUGGGAAGAAGGUGGAUCCGAAACGAGCAGUGCCCCGCGAUCAAUCAGCACACAGUGAGGCAAAUGUUUCCACCAAGCGUCUGUAUGUUUCGGGCGUACGAGAAGAGCACACCGAGCAGAUGUUCGAAGAAUACUUUAGCCAGUUCGGCAAAGUUCUGAAGGUAAAAAAAUUGACGUAUUUCUCGUCGUUUUAA